GUCUCCCCUGUGAUACAGAUUUGAAUCUGUCUCCUUUUGGGGAGCAGGAAAGCCAACUCCAACCUGAUCGCAGCACCAUAGAUAAACUUACUCCCUCGCCACCGGGGUGCCUCCUCAAACUGCAUUUUCACCAUUUCUUUCAUUCUUUGAAAGUGAUUUCUUUGUGAGAAGCAUGUGUGAGGCUUCCCCUCCCUCUGCUCUUGACCCUGUGCAGAGAUUUGGCCACUGCUGGAGCCAGGCCGUGGGAGAGGCAGCCAUUCUUCGCCUCCCAGGACAAAGAGAGUUCCCUUGGUAACGGGAACCGCGUGGAGGUUCGAGAAGGGGUUUCCCUCCACCCCCCAGGUUCUCUUUCAACUCAAGAGCUCAACCCGGUCUCUCAUGGAGGCGUCUCUAACCAGGAGGCUGCCCUUUAAAGACAGGCAUUUCACUUGCAGCAAAAUAAUAGGAAGGAGGUUCGCUUGCUUUGCGCAGAGGCUGAGCCACAGGAGAAAGCAAAGCCAAUGUGAUUUACUGAAUGAAAGCACUGGACGAUUACCAACAACUUGUUCCUCUGCUGCCUCGAACAACCUGAACUGGAACUGCUUUGUGAAAAUGACCCAACAAAUGCAGAAUCUGCAUCUUUCUCAGUCGAAAAAACAUAGUGCCCCAUCGUCUCCCAACGCUGCCAAACGCCUGUACAGAAACCUCUCUGAGAAGCUGAAGGGAAGCCACUCUUCGUUCGAUGAGGCCUAUUUCAGAACAAGAACCGACCGGCUGAGCCUCAGGAAGACCUCAGUGAACUUCCAGGGCAACGAAGCCAUGUUUGAAGCAGUCGAACAACAGGACAUGGAUGCUGUGCAGAUCCUCCUGUAUCAAUAUACACCAGAGGAGCUAGAUCUCAACACCCCUAACAGUGAGGGGCUGACGCCCCUGGAUAUCGCCAUCAUGACCAACAACGUGCCCAUUGCCAGGAUUCUUCUGAGGACAGGGGCCAGAGAAAGUCCACACUUUGUCAGCCUGGAAAGCCGAGCGAUGCACCUUGCCACGCUGGUGCAGGAGGCCCAGCAGAGGGUGAGCGAGCUGUCCGCCCAGGUGGAGAACGAAGGACCCAGUCUGGACAACACCGAGAAAGAGAAACAGCUGAAAGCUUGGGAGUGGAGGUGUCGGCUCUACAGACGCAUGAGAACGGGCUUCGAGCACGCCAGAGCCCCCGAGGUGCCAACCAACGCCUCUCUUAUGGUGACCAGCAGCACAUCACUCACUGUCAGCUUUCAAGAGCCUCUUAGUGUCAACGCAGCUGUAGUGACCAGAUAUAAAGUGGAAUGGAGCAUGUCUAAAGACUUUCGUCCUUUGGCUGGAGAGAUCAUCAUGGAAAACUUGCAGACCCUGAGAUGCACAAUCACAGGACUGACAACGGGCCAACAGUAUUUUGUUCAAGUCUCGGCUUAUAACAUGAAGGGAUGGGGACCUGCUCAGACCACGACUCCGGCAUGUGCCUCGCCUUCCAACUGGAAAGACUAUGACGACAGAGAGCCCAGACACAAGGGACAGAGUGAAGUUUUGGAAGGUCUGCUGCAGCAGGUCCGAGCCCUUCAUCAGCAUUAUAGUUGCCGGGAAACUUCAAAAUUACAAACCACAGGCCGCAAGCAGUCAGUCUCAAGGAGCCUGAAACACCUAUUCCAUUCCUCAAAUAAGUUUGUGAAGACCUUAAAACGAGGACUCUACAUAGCUGUUAUAUUUUAUUACAAAGACAAUAUGUUAGUCACCAAUGAAGAUCAAAUACCGAUUGUUGAAAUUGAUGACUCUCACACCAGUUCCAUUACACAGGAUUUUCUGUGGUUCACAAAGCUGUCUUGUAUGUGGGAAGAUAUAAGGUGGUUGAGACAAAGCGUACCCAUCUCCAUGUCCUCAUCCACAGUGCUGCAAGCUCGGCAGAAGAUGCUCGCAGCAACAGCCCAGCUACAGAAUUUACUUGGAACACACAACUUGGGAAGAGUUUACUAUGAGCCCAUUAAAGACCGGCAUGGAAACAUCCUCAUAGUCACCAUCAGAGAAGUGGAGACACUCUAUUCAUUUUUUAAUGGCAAAUGGAUGCAAAUCUCAAAACUACAAAGCCAGAGGAAGUCUUUGUCAACACCUGAGGAGCCUACAGCCUUAGACAUUUUACUGAUAACCAUCCAGGAUAUUCUCUCUUAUCACAAAAGGAGUCAUCAGCGUCUCUCUCCUGGAUUAUAUCUGGGUUACCUAAAGCUGUGUAGCUCUGUAGAUCAGAUCAAAGUCCUAGUUACCCAAAAGUUGCCCAACAUUCUCUGCCACGUGAAGAUCCGUGAAAACAAUAACAUUUCCAAAGAGGAGUGGGAAUGUGUCCAAAAGCUUUCUGGCUCUGAAUCUAUGGAAAGUGUGGAUCAUACUUCUGACUGCCCCAUGCAAUUGUUCUUCUACGAGCUCCAGAUGGCAGUGAAAGCUCUCCUUAAGCAGAUCAAUAUACCUCUACACCAGGCAAGGAACUUCCGCCUCUACACACAGGAGGUGUUGGAAAUGGGUCACAAUGUGUCCUUUCUUCUCCUGCUCCCUGCCUCAGACGACGUCUGUACAGCCCCAGGACAGAAUAAUCCUUACACCCCACACUCAGGGUUUCUUAACCUCCCUCUUCAGAUGUUUGAACUUGUUCAUUUUUGCAGCUACAGGGAGAAAUUUAUUAGUCUGUAUUGCCGCCUUUCUGCUGUUGUGGAGCUGGAUUCUCUGAAUACCCAACAGUCCCUGAGGGAAGCCAUCUCAGACAGCGAGGUUGCAGCUGCCAAACAAAGACACCAGCAAGUGUUAGAUUUCAUUCAGCAAAUAGAUGAAGUUUGGCGCGAAAUGAGAUGGAUCAUGGAUGCUCUACAGUAUGCAAGAUACAAACAGCCAGUUUGUGGCUUACCCAUCACAAAGCUGAUAGACCCCUCAGAUGGGCAGAACCUCAAGAAGAUCAACUCUACAUCCUCACAUAUCGACUGUCUUGCAUCCCCAUCCCCAUCCCCAGAGAUGCACAGAAGAAAGGCUGUGAGUGAUUCACAGCCCUGCUCUGAUGAAGAAGGCUGCUCAGAAGUCUUCCUCCCCACUGACAGCGACUACGACUCCAGUGAUGCCCUGAGCCCCCGAGACCUGGACCUGGUCUACCUGUCAUCACAGGAUAUCGCCCAGCAGGCUCUCAGCGGCCUAAGUGGCAGCGCCCCCGACGUUCUGCAGGUGCACGACAUGAAGAGUCCUCUGGGAUCGGGCCAGGACCCCCAAGGCCGGCCCCCGGGGCCGGAUCCCGACCACUCGUGCGCCGAAGUCCUCCACAGCCUGACCCUCACCGGCUUCACUCCCAAGAACCACGCCAAGAUGGCGCCGAGCGCCAGGCCGCCGCUGGGCUUCCUGGGAAAGCGGAAGCCGGCUAAACACCAGCACUACGGGGGCUUCAGCCGCCACCACCGCUGGCUGCGCAUGCACAGCGAGACGCAAUCGCUCUCGCUCUCCGACGGCGUUUACACGCAGCACGUGUCUCGGGCCUGCGCCCUGACCCAGGAGCCCGCGGAGGCCGAGCAGCUGGGACCUGCCCCGGUUGGGUCCCGGGGCCUGGUUCUGGCCCACGCCGCAAGCCUCCCUGAGGAGGGGAAGAGCAGCCUCCAGGAUGCGAGGCCUGCGGUACGUCGCAUCUACGUGGAGCCCUACCGCACGGCCCUGGUGGACGCAAAGCCCUGGGCUGCCUUGAGCCCGCCCUCCGGGGGCCACUCGGCCCUACCCAGCCCCACCGGCCGGGAGAUGAGCCCCGAAGGCCCCACCACCUCCCCCGUGUCAGAGAUAUUCAGCAGCAUGCUUUAGGGAGACCUGCAACUGGCUGUCCUGAUCCACAGCAAAUCCCUGCAUUCUCCAUCACUCUCCCUCCAGCCCGGCCCCCACUGUGUCCCCAACCCUUUUCAAAUGGUUUGAAAUGUUAAAAUUCCAAAGGUUACAGGUUCAAGUCCCUCUUUUUUUUUUUUUUUUUUUUUUUUUUAGGAUAGAGUUAGGUGGAAGUGAGAGUUGCCAGUGUUGUUCCUGGUUCAGGGCAUACAAGAACUUUUGUGUCAACAUGGAGUCCUGGACUAUUUAGGGGCACCCAUGGCUGAAGUAGGGCAGCCUAAAGAGCCACCCUCAGUUCUGCAGCCGGCUCUGUAAUCUGACCUUUGGGUUUAGGGCUCUUUCUUGAAUUUGUGAUUGAUGGGGAGGAGUUCUAGAGAUGAAAAUAAGAUUAGCAUUGUUUUUCCUUCCGUUCUAAACCUUCAGAAGAGUUUAAGGGAAAGAAGCCCAGGUUGCGUCUUCAGGGCACAAAGUCAAGUGGACUUGACCUGGGUUCCCAGUCAGCUAAACCAAGUCAUUCCAAAGUGCAGGGUUCUCAGUCGGUCACCAAAUCAAAUUUAUCCAUCAGCACUGAUGGUAGGCCUAAAACAGAUCUUUUCUUCAUUUAGUGCUGUGUGGAAAUCACCAGAAGCAAAAGUAGAGGAUGCUUUGCUUCUAGCUUUGUCUUGCAAAGGUAAAACAGGGCAGGAAGCAGGACUUCCUGCACACUCCCGUUCAAGCAUGAAAAUGGUCCUUGUAUUAUUCAGGGUGCAAGGAGAUAGCUGAAUUAAGUGAAAGCCUCAGUUAAAGACAAGACAGAGAGUGGGAGAGAAAGAUGGGCAAAAAUGCAUUUUUUCUACAAUCCUAAGAUAAGUAAGUCCAUGGGGCUUUGUCUCUGAAAAUGAUGGUGGAUCUGCUUAGAUUCUUAGGUGAUGGAAUUGUCAUUGAAUGAGAAAGUGCCCUUCAGAUAUGGCCAGGCAGCUGAUAAAGUCCUUACAGACACACUGGCACAUUUACUCAUCCCUACAUCACAGGUCAUGGGACAGAUUGCCCAGGGCUUGGGUUGCUGGCUUCCCCUUUUCAGUUCACCCCUUCCAAAGUCCACUUUGCUCUGAGAUCAGCUGGCCCAUUGGCCUCAGGGAAAAUCCUCAGGGACAGAAGUCCCUGUCAAUGGUUCCAAAACUGCUUAGAGACACCUGAAAAAAGUGUUUUGGUCUCAAUGCCUCCCACCUGCCUUUCUCACAAAUGAGAAACCCAAAUCAAAGAGAAAUCACACUGCAUAUUCCAAAAAGGCAUGAGCCUUCUCUCAUUUCCUGGAGCCAAGACUCAUUCAGUUUACUGAUAUUCUAAAUGGUCCUUUUCUGCUUCACGGGCAUUUUGGUUAAAUAUUGCUCUUUAUGGGCCCUACCCCUGUCCUCACAGUUCUACCAUUCCUCCUCAUGGGAGUUCAUACAAAGUCCCCUGUUCACAAUGUUAUUCCGAUCCCUUCCAUUUUUAAAACAUUUGAUUUAAACAUAAAUAAUUACCCUGGUGGAAAGGUACAGAUUUGGCCCAUGGCCUAUGGUCAUUAGAAAACUAAAGCCCAGAGCUCAAUCUUUAUUUUUUUAAGAGAUUUUAUACUCAGUGAACCACCACCCCCCAUCCCUCCACCCCCCCCCACCCCCCCCACUGCAGAGAAUCUUGAGCAGAAUCACUGUGGCUUCUUUUCUAUGACUGCAAGGAUUUUAAAAUGCAGUUUUCUUCUGUUCUGAGCGAACUCUAUGUAUAUGGAGUAUUAGAGUUAGAAAGGACCAUAAAAUUAGUCCAAGUGCUUGCGUUUGUUUACAGAUGAGUCAAUUAAAGCCGAGAGAGGUUAAGUGACUUGCUCAAGGUCACAGAGCCACUUUAGUCUCAGAGUCAGGGUCAAAACCCGGAACCAUUCCCUUUAUAGUAGGUUGGCCCAUUGGGAAUUGGUACACACCUAGUCAACUUUUGAUCGACUGUAGACUACUUACCGAAUUUGUAGAUUAUCUCUUUUAAUUCCAAAUUCAACUCCUUUUCUCAACCUUUACCUAACAGAUUUCCAUUAUCACAGAGCUCCUUGUUGCCAGGAAAUACAAAUUUCACAUAACAGGCAUCUAAACUAAGUUACUUAAAAGGCAAAUUUAGAGAAAUGUCACUUAAAAUUACAUACCACAUGACUCCCCUUUAAUAACAAGAAUGACAGUCACCUGCACUCAAUUUCUAUUUAUUUCUAAUUAUAGGACAAGAUUAUACAUGUUGAAUGCUGGAAUUGCCAAAACUAAGAAACCAAGUGGUUCUCUGGUCAUGACCUGUCUGGUGGCAUGAAACAAAAUUUGUGACUAUGAAUUAGAUGGGAGGCAUUCAGCAGGCAGCAAAAGCAGAGACCAACCCACCCUUCUGGACCCUCAGAUUCUGGCACAUUGGACCAAAUAAUGACUCAUGAAGUAAAAUUGCAUUAAAUCCAAACCCACUAACUGAUAUUGGGAACAUGGUUUAUUUUUUCACCUUCUACGAAGAAAAGAGAUGCAUUCCCAUGAAAUGAAUAAUGCACAUUCAAUUUCAAUGGGCAUAAUCCACUUGAAAAUGCAUCUUCCUAGCAAUAUUCCUAUACAGAAGUGGAUGUUACAUCCUCAGUAAUUAGCCAUUUGUUCAAGCAGGUUUCCUUCACUUGUACCUCCACUUUGCAACAUCUUGUGAGCCUGUUGUAGAUUCCUGGGAGGGACAACUAUGUUCUCUAAUUCACAAUCCUUUAUUCAUUUGUCCAGGCCACUCAUUACAGACACUUUACAACAUCUGAGGAGUUUUUUGUUUGCUUAUUUGUUUUAUUUUAUCUUGAUGGCUUUGUUAUGUUUUGGAUAUGA